CUAGCUGGUCACUAGCUAACACAGCCCUCAUAGACGGAGUCAAGCUAACAGCAUCGCUGGGACACAUACAGUUAUCAGUCCUGAUUCUCUGACACUGAAAAGACUCUGUAGGAACAGAAGUUUACUUUGUUCUUUCUGAAUGUUUGAUAAUAAGCAGAGGUCCUCGCUCAAAACUACGUAAUGUUACAAGAUAACCCUUUUGUGGAAAGACAGAAAUAAGAGAGGGGAAAGAAACAUGAACAACUAAAAUCAGAGCUACAGCUAAUAUAAGAGUAGAGGUAAAAAUAUGAGUUGUACAAGAGCAUGUCAGGACAAAGUGAGUGUGGAUGGUGUCAGCAGGUCAAGUAUCACGUAAACAACAUACACCAGGAUAAUAAAUACUGUACUGACAGUGUGUACUACAGAACAUGGCUACCAUGAAAGCCUUCAGCCCAGAGGAGACCCAGAGGAUCCUGCAUCAUCUGCAGCAGCCUGCAGUCUUUAUGAACAUGACCGGUGGCUGGCCUGUUCUCCGCUGGACUGCAGAGCACCUGUCCGACUGUCUGGGUGACAAACUCAUCAGAUUCAGACUCGGGAGGAAAGAGGAGACAAACACACCUUUGUUUGAGACCCAGUGCUCCUACGUGGAGGCCAGACUGCAGCAGUUUCUCAGCUGGACUCAGGACCAGCCCGAGGCAGACGUAGGACCUUUCUUUAAAUACCCCCGCUCACAGUACUGGGCCUACGCUGACUACAAAUACAUCGCCAUGUUAUUUCAAGACCAGCCUUCCAUGUUUGAGGAUGUAAAGUGGUCUGAGUUUGGUUUUGAGGGGCGUACUGGCAGAGAGAGCACCUUAUGGAUCGGCACAGCAGGGGCCAACACGCCGUGUCACCUGGACUCUUACGGCUUUAACCUGGUGCUGCAGGUACAAGGACGGAAGCGCUGGCACCUCUUCCCUCCAGACGACACUUUUAAACUCUACCCAACCAGGAUUCCCUAUGAGGAGUCCAGCGUCUUCAGCCAAGUGGAUGUUCUCCACCCAGACCUGAGGAGGUUCCCUAAAUUUCAGGGAGCCAGAGCGCACGUCGUCACUCUGCAGCCAGGACAGGUGCUGUACGUCCCCAGACACUGGUGGCACUACGUGGAGUCUGUGGAUCCCGUCACCGUCAGUGUCAACUCCUGGAUCGAGCUGGAAGUGGAUGACGUGGCGCGAGUCGGGGAAGCUGUGACCAAGGCUGUUGUCUGCGCCUUUAAAAGUGACGACAACACUGGCGACUGGCUCAAUCCUACUGAGGAAGGAGUCGCAUCCCAUAAUGAGAACAUGCAGUGUGUGAACCUGGCAGUGAGAGCCUGUGCUGACAGACCGAGGAGCCUCUGCCACGGCGAGCUGACCCAGCACCCAAGAGACGGCCGUCCAGCCAAGCGGGACUGCACAGGACAAAUCAGGAAAAACAGCGAUGUGGUCGGAGAUCCUGCGCCCUUCAGCGUUCCCUUCGGACCAAACCUCAUCCCUGUACGCUGUCAGCGGGAGCACACGCCGAAAAUCACAAAAGCUCCAGAGAUCAGAUCCUCCAGGAUGUGUGAUGUCAGGUGUCAAGAGGAGCGCGUUGUCGGCUCGAAUGCAGCACCAAGAGCCAAGUCUGCAGCUGCUGUCAGACUGCGCCAGGAACACUGUGGUGUAACUCAGUGUAGGUCAUGUGACUGUGCAGAGGGGACGUCAGAGGACUCUUCAGGCGAUUAUGAGGAAUCAAUACACACAACAAUAACAACAGAUGACCUGUUAGACUGCCUGGUGCACCCUGAUGUCAUCGCCCGUGUCACUGAGCUUUUACUAGAGAGGCACACAGGAAGUCACAGCGACACAACGUCCUCUUAGCUUUAAAGGUACCAUUUGCACGUCGUACAUUGACUGAUUUUUUUUUUUUUUUUUUUUUUUACUAAAACUGAGAUCUGCAGCGCCUCACUCAGCUGCCUGUAACAGCCUUUGGACUGACCUCUGUAUAAAGGCCUCUCGUUCCCAUGCCGUGCCUCUCGCCAGCUCUGCUACAGCGCCAACACAAGGAGUCCGUUGACAUCAACAAAUGACCCACCAGGCAGAGACAGACUUUCACUUAGUGCCCUGUGACAUCUCGAAUUUAGCCAGAGCCAGACCGAGCGCCCCAGCACCUGGGGUCUGAUCACAGACUGCCCUGAGCUGACACCGGAUCAGCAAACUUCUGUCGCUGCAGUUACAACCGGCGCUGCCAGCAGCUCACUGUGAACCUCAGGGCUCGGGUUUGCACAGGCUGAAUUCAAGUUGCUACAGCGGCUAAAGUCCGAGCUGCUGUCCACUCACAGGGAAGUCAUAAAGGUGACAUGUUUAUCUGCAGACACAUUCCCUUCGUAGCUUACACGACACGUCCCUUCAAACAGCACCCACCACUAGAACAAGACAAACCCACCAACUACCUAUCUGAACCCUGCUACAAUACUACACUCAGUCUGUUUCAGAGACAACAGAUUUAUUUAAAACCCCUGUAAACAUGUCAGUGUGAGUGAAAUGCUGAUAAAGUAAUUUGCAAACAGCAAACCAUCGAGCAGCGGUCCAAAUACUAACGGGAACAUAACAUUUAUUUUCCAGCAUUUUAUCAACGUGAUGACGAUCAGUCACUCUUUUAGUCAGUGUACAACUCAAAGUAUCAAAUAAAAUUUCUCCAAACACGUUUCUUGUUAUUUUAGGUAGUUAUUAUCACGCUAAUGUAUGUUCAAGUGUCCAUUUCCCCCGAUAAGUUGGUUUUAAUUCAUUAUUUGAUUCUAUAAACAGUCUGACCAUCUCAAGCUUUUAUUUUGGUACUUCCGGUGACCGGCAGUGUGAAUUUGCAUAUUAGCUAAAUAUUUAGUUUCACUAAGAACAUUUAGAUUUAGAUUUAAUAUUUAGAUUUAACAUUUACAUUUAUAUUUAUAUUUAGCAUUUAGUUUUACGUUUAGAUUUAGAUUUAAUAUUUAGAUUUAAUAUUUAUAUUUAUAUUUAAUAUUUAGAUUUAACAUUUAGAUUUAGAUUUAAUAUUUAUAUUUAUAUUUAAUAUUUAGAUUUAAUAUUUAAUAUUUAGAUUUAAUAUUUAGAUUUAGCAUUUAGAUUUAGAUUUAUAUUUAAUAUUUAGAUUUAACAUUUAUAUUUAGAUUUAAUAUUUAGAUUUAGCAUUUAGAUUUAGAUUUAUAUUUAAUAUUUAGAUUUAACAUUUAGAUUUAGAUUUAAUAUUUAGAUUUAACAUUUAACAUUUAGGUGCCACAUUUAAUAUUUAGAUUUAACUAUUUAAUAUAUUUCUAAGUUAACAAAUAUUGCUGUAAAUGUGGUAAAAGGUGACGUUAAAAAAUUCACAAUACUUUUUUAAACAUUGUUUGAAGCUAAAUGUGGCAAAAUGUUGAUGUUAUUUUCAGCGUGAGACACUUUACAAACGGCACCCCAUAUCUAAGCGCUCUCUUGCGGCUACGGGGCGCAACAGAGCGUAAGCAACACGAUCUUGUCUAAACGGUAUAAACAGACCCUUUAAUAAUCCAUAAACAACAUUUCAUGAGUCUGAAGCUCCUCAUGUCACUGGUGAUGGUCUGAGCUUCAGCAGUGAUGUCAGGCUGUCUUAGCUUUUCUGCUCUGGACGUCUCAGUGAAGUCGACAGUGAUGAAGAGCUGUGAAAAAACUCUGGCUGCAGAAAUCUAUCCUCCAUGCUACAUGUAACGCUCUGUCAUCAGUAAGAAGUGAGAGAGGAAGGACGUAUAUCAGCGCAGACCUUCACCCUGAUCUCCUCCUCCUCCUCUCAUCUGUCACGGUCCCCCUGAGAUUAACCCCGGAUACGAGAACUCGCAACCAAAAUGAGUGACGCAACGAGCCACUCUAACAUUUCCUCUGAUUGUUGUCCUGCACAUGCUAAUCUUGUUUGUUUGCUCCACGGUAAGAAAAAUGACCACUUAAAUCAAUUCACUAUGCUAAUACGCCGCAUAAUUCAACAUAAUACUGCUGAGAUGUGAACAUUUGUUUGGGCCGUAAUGUUCCCCUGUCAUUUACUUAUGAAAAUUGUCAUUGAACAACCACAGAGGGCCGAUGCUAAUGUUCCGGUGAUGGAUGAAGGACACGUCGGGAGCGAUGAAUGAAAACAGUCUGCUGCCACAUCUGAGAGAGGAAGGAAGGCUGCACAUGUACGAGGACAAUAAAUACGAUCUUUGAAACA